AUGGAUCUUAAAGCUGAUAUAAAACUUCAGAGAGCAGGUCUGUUUUAUUGGUUCUGCUUUAAACGGGUUUGAUGUGAAUAUAUGAGGGAGCUGAGUCUGUCUCUAAUGUUUACACCCUCACAGAUCCUGAUAAAACUGUUUUUACUGAGAUCAGAUUUAAAGGUGGGUUACUUUAAUGAGGAGAAGCACAAACAAUGUUCUUCCUUGAGCUGCGUCACCCUUUUCAUGAGGAGAGGCAGAGCUUCUUUCUAUAAACUCCAUCACUGUCAUUAUUUGUUGUCAUUUAACUGCUGGUUUUUCCAUCAGCGCCGCGUAAACUCUUAUUUGAAUACACUGAUGUUUGAUGUGUUUUCUCCGUAUACAGACCUGUUAGACUUUCAGUGAAGGGUAAAACUGUGGCAGAGGUUGGAGGUCAGUUUUCACAGUGUCUGAUUCUCUCCAAAGCUGAGCGAUCCUCCUGCUCAAAUUCAGACCAAAAUCACCAACACCUCCUUUAAGAAAUGUCAGAGAGUGGAGCUGAACUUCAUUAGUAUCACAGAAAUACAGAAAUACACCCACUGAACAUUUUUUGGUCUAUAAGAGGUCUAAAUGUAGCCGAGAUGACUGGUCUAAAAUCAGGCUACCACAGGUCUAAAAAUGAAUGUUUUUUUAAACGUCUAAAUCUAGACCAAGUUCAGACUAGCCGGUUAACAGAGGUCUAACCGUAUAUUGCUUUUGAUAUAAAUAUUUUGGUUAAAGGUGGGGUAGUCAGGAUCUGAGGAAGUUCCAGUUUUGGGGAGAAAUCUUGAAUGUAAACUCUACCCCUCCAACCAGUUUUCCCCUCAGCUCCUCCUCUCCCCUCCCUCUCUGCUCCAACAAGCCCCGCCCACAAACAGACGCUCCUGCUCGCUCGUAUUGUUCCAAUUAAAUUCAAUUAUAAUGCAGAUAAAUACUUCAGAUAAUUACAAAUGGGGCCCAGUCAAGGUGAAGUCAAAAGCAUUGGUGCUACUGUAGAUGCCAACAGACUACCAGCAAACACAAUGUUUGCAGGACUUCUACAACUAGGAGCAGGUUAAAAAAACAGGUUGAAUAUAAAAUGUCCCUCUCAAAGUUUGCCAGCGGAAAGGUUCAUCAUAUUACGUAGGAGAGUUUCUAAAGGAAUUUGUAUUGACUUGACUGUCAGUCUCUGCUAAAACAGAGUAUCAGAGCAGGUCCAGCACUGGUUUAUAUAUUGCUGUUUAUGGAUCAUCACAGCUAACAAACAGAAGUGAAACCAUUCAACUGUCAGAUUGAGAGCAGCUUAAAACAGGAAUAUCAAAAAGGACUAUUUCACAGCCUCUCAUGAUGUCUCUUUUCAUUCUUCAGAGUUUCCUGCUGACAUCCAGAAGCUUGUGGUCGGAGAAGAAGAGCCUCCCGAGCGGCAGGAUCGGAGCCAAUAUGGAGACCAGGAGGACAUUAAGCCUCUUCACAUUAAAGAGGAACAAGAGGAACUCUGGAGCAGUCAGGAGGAGGCCAAUACCAGUAAGUUCUCAUUUAGUCCUACCAAUGUAAAGAGUGAAGAUGAGGAAGGGAAACCGCAGUCCUUGCAACCUCAUCAAAAAGACACUGAACAAAUGGAAACAAGGGCUGAUGGAGAGGACUUGAGGGGAUCAGAACCAGCAAGGGUCUCGGACUCAGAGAUUGAGGUCAAGAUUGAAGAUGUUUCUGAAGCUGAGACUGAUGACAGUGAGAACUGGGAGAAUACAAAUGAAGAACAUUCAGGAUCAAACUCUACAGAAAACACUGAAGAUAACGGAUCCAAGACACAGAGGAAGUUACACAGUUGUUCUCAGUGUGGGAAGACAUCCAGAAAGAAACAACAUCUGACCACGCACAUGAGAGUUCACACAGGAGAGAAACCUUUCAGCUGCUCUGAUUGUGGGAAGAGAUUUGCUCGUAAGGAUAGUAUGACCAGACACAUGGGUGUUCACGCAGGGAAGAAGAAGUUUUGCUGUUUCAAGUGUGGUAAAAGAUUUCAUCAUAAAAGUAUUCUGGUUACACAUAUGAGAAUACAUCUGAUUAGAUAUGGUGUAAAAGAACACAUGAGGAUUCACACAGAAGAGAAACCAUUCAGCUGCUGUGAAUGCGGGAAAAGAUUUCAUCACAACUCGAGUCUAAGGGCUCACAUGGCUUAUCAUGUAAGAGAAAAACUGUUCAGUUGCUCCGAAUGUGGGAAAAGAUUUAUCUGUGAAGGUCAUCUGGCAGAGCAUACAAGACUUCACACAGGAGAAAAACCCUUCAGCUGCUCCAAGUGUGGGAAAAGAUUCAACCAUAAAAGAAAUCUAACCAGGCAUAUGAUCAUUCACUUGGAGGGAAAAGCCCUCUGCUGUUCUGAAUGUGGGAAAAGGUUCACAUGUAAAGGUCAUCUGAUUGAACACUUGAGGAUUCACACAGGAGAGAAACCCUUCAGCUGCUCCAAGUGCAGCAAGAGAUUCAACUAUAAAAAACACUUGAAUCAGCACAUGACGAUUCACAUGGAGGAGAAACCCUUCAGCUGUUCUCAGUGUGGCAAAACCUUCAACCAAAAACAUCACGUCACUAGGCACAUGCUGAUUCACACGGGAGAGAAACCCUUCAGCUGCUCUGAGUGUGGAAAAAGAUUUAACAGUAAGAGAAAUCUGACCCGACACAUGCCGCUUCACACAGGAGAGAAACCCUACAGCUGCAGUGUUUGUGAGCAAAGAUUCACCUGGCAUUCGCAGUUAAAAAUUCACAAGUGUGGAAGAAGUCAGGCUGCCAAGUUACAGGAAGAAAAGAAAGAGAGGAGAAGAAAGGUAGAGACAGGAGAGGGCUGUGAAGGACUGGAGUCAGCCGAGAAUUCAGAUUCAGAGAUACUUUUACAGCCGGAGAUCGAGGUCAAGCUUGAAGAGUUUUCUGAACCUGACACUAAUGACGUAAGUGGAGACUUCUCUGAAGCUGAAACGGAUGAUAAUGAUGAUAUCAACAGCACAACAGAACAGAGUUUAGGACUGAUCUCCAUUGAAAAUACAGGAGAUGCUGAGUCAAAGAGGAAUAAGAAAUUACACAGCUGCUUUCUGUGUGGCAAAACAUUCAAGCAGAAACAGCAUCUGACUAUACACAUUAGAAAUCACACAGGAGAGAAACCCUUCAGCUGCUCCGAGUGCAGUAAAAGAUUUACCCGUAAAGAAAGUAUGACCAGACACAUGAGAAUUCACACGGGAAAGAAAAAUUUCAGCUGCUUCGUUUGCGGGAAAGGAUUCACCCAUAAAGGUAAUCUGACCACACACAUGAGGAUACACUCGGAAGACAACCCGUUCAUCUGUCCUCAAUGUGGGAAAAAAUGCACUCACAAACGCGGUCUGACAGAGCACAUGAGAACUCAUACAGGAGAGAAACCAUUCAGCUGCUCUGAGUGUGGAAAAAGAUUUUACCUCAAGUCCAGUCUGACUGUCCACAUGACGUACCAUGAAGGAGAAAAACUCUUUGGUUGCUCUGAUUGCGAGAAAAGAUUUAUCUCUGAAGGCCAUCUCACCGAACACAUGAGGAGUCACACAGGAGAGAAACCCUUCUGCUGCUCUGAGUGUGGGAGUAAAUUCAACUAUAAAAGAAAUCUGACCCGACACAUGAUGAUUCACAUGGAGGAGAAACCCUACAGCUGCCCUGAGUGCAGUAAAAGAUUUAACCAAAAAGGUCAUUUGACGAAACACAUGGUGAUUCAUAUGGGGGAAAAACCCUUCAGCUGCUCUGAGUGUGGGAAAAGAUUUAAUUUUAAAGGGAAUAUGACGAAGCACAUGUUAGUUCAUGCAAGACGGAAAUCCUUGAGCUCUUCAGAGGCCAGUAAUAGACCUGAACAUCAUCAUCAGCUGACGCCUGAAAUAAGACAUCAACAAGGAGAGGAGGCGCUCAUCAGCUGUGAUGUUUGUGAUCAAGAGCUCUCUGGCUGCCGUUCCUCAGAGCUGAAUCAAAGUCAUAACCAAAACCAUAACCACGCUGAUGAAGAUGAAGAAAAAUGUGACGGAACAGAAACAAUGUGUGACUCAGAUCCAGAGGGACUUUCACAGCAGGAGACUGAAAACUGA